AUGGGUAACUACUUGAAAGCACUUGAAUUUUGCGAAAAAGCGCUUAAAAUCUUCGGAAAAGCUCUACCGCCGAAUCAUCCUCUACUAGCGGAUUCCUACGACAACAUCGGUGGACUCUAUAGAAAUACGGGUAACUACCCGGAAGCGUUGGAGUUUCACGAAAAAGCACGUAGAAUCAACGAAAAAGUUCUGCCUCCAAAUCAUCCCGAUUUGGCCACUUCCUAUAAUAACAUUGGUACAGCGUAUUACAGCAUGGGUAACUACUCGAAAGCAUCUGAAUUUUAUGAAAAAGCGCUUAAAAUAGAACAAAAAGCUCUGCGUCCGGAUCAUCCUUCAUUGGCUACUUCCCACGCAAAUCUCGGUAUGGUGUAUAACAGCAUGGGUAACUACUGGGAAGCACUUCAGUUUUACGAAAAAGCACUUAGAAUCAAAGAAAAAGUUCUGCCUCCGAAUCAUCCCGAUUUGGCCACUUUCUAUAAUAACAUUGGUACAGCGUAUUACAACAUGGGUAACUACUUGAAAACACUUGAAUUUUGCGAAAAAGCGCUUAAAAUCCUCGGAAAAACUCUACCUCCGAAUCAUCCUCUAAUGGCGGCUUCGUACGACAACAUCGGUGAACUCUAUAGAAAUACGGGUAACUACCCGGAAGCGCUUGUGUUUUACGAAAAAGCACUUAGAGUCGAAGAAAAAGCUCUGCCUCCAAAUCAUCCCGCUUUAGCCACUUCCUAUAACAACAUCAGUGUAUUCUAUAGAGAUAUAGGUAACUACUUGAAAGCACUUGAAUUUUGCGAAAAAGCACUUAAAAUAAGAGAAAAAGCUCUACCUUCGAAUCAUUCCGAUUUGGCUAUUUCCUACAACAACAUCGGUGAACUCUAUGGAAUCAUGGGCAACUCCUCGAAAACACUUGAAUUUUACGAAAAAGCACUUGAAAUUUUCGAAAAAGCUCUGCCUUCGAAUCAUCCUGAUUUGGGUACUUCCUACAACAACGUUGGUGGAGUAUAUAAAAACAUGGGUAACUAUUCGAAAGCACUUGAAUUUUGCGAAAAAGCACUUAAAAUAAGAGAAAAAGCUCUGCCUUCGAGUCAUCCCGAUUUGGCUAAUUCCUACAACAGCAUCGGCUUGGUGUAUCAAAACAGGGGUAACUACUCGCAAGCACUUGAAUUUUACGAAAAAUCACUUAAAAUUUUCGAAAAAGCUCUAUCUCCGAAUCAUCCCGAUUUGGGUACUUCCUACAACAACAUCGGUGGAGUAUAUAAAAACAUGGGUAACUACUCGAAAGCACUUGAGUUUUACGAAAAAACGCUUAAAGUCUUCGAAAAAGCGGUGCCUUCGAAUCACCCAUCAUUGGCUAUUUCGUACAACAACAUUGGUGGAGUGUAUGGCAACAUGGGCAACUACUCGAAAGCACUUCAAUUUUACGAAAAAGCACUUAGAAUCGAAGAAAAAGCUCUGCCUCCGAAUCAUCCUUCAUUGGCUAUUACCUACAACAACAUUGGCAUGGUGCAUGACAACAUGGGUAACUACUCGAAAGCACUUUCUUUUCUGGAAAAUGCACUUGCUAUAGCACAAAAAUCACUUCCACUAACACAUCCACAAAUUAAGACAAUAAAACGUAACAUUAACCAUGUAAAAAAGAUGUGA